GAAGUGUCGGAUAUGUUAUACCAUUUAUGUCGAGAUGUGUUGCAAACCAAUGGAGUGAUGGAUAAAGUGGUGCUCUUCAACGAAAUGUCCACUAAUUUACGUAUUCCUCAAAUGAUUGAAAAGCCAGUACAUCUGGUGGUGACCGAGAUAUUCGACGCGGCCUUGUUUGGCGAACACGUCUUAACCACUAUUUACUCAGCCCUUAAGAAUUUAGUUGAUCCCAACCACGGAAUGGUUGUCCCAAACAGAGCUACAGUUUAUGGGGUUCUUAUCGAGAGUAAUGAAUUGAGAGAUGUUUUUACUCUUAACCGAAGACAGUUCGGAGACAUUCGUGUUUCAGACGACGUGUCCUUUUGUGUCGAUUUCAAUGAUAUGAAGUACACGACAACCAAUUUGUCCAAAGUUGCCGACAAAAAGUUUUUAAGCAAACCAUUUCAAAUAAUUGAUAUCAAUUUCAAUGAUAUUUUGCAAAUCGAAAAACUCUUAGAAAGGGAUCACAUGUUUAGCAUUGAUGUGAAUUGUGUGACUGAGGGAACACUUGAUGCCAUCGGAGUUUGGUUUGACUUAAAUCUAAUCCAAGACAUUCACAUAUCAACAGAACCUCCUUCUGAGCUAAUAGGAUGGGAACAGGCUAUAUAUCCGGCAACUGUCCGACCCGUCGCUAUCUGA